AUGAAUAAACGUGAGGAAUCUUGGAGACUGCUAGAAGAGCUAAGUACUAGAAGUGACUUACCAUGGAUUUGUAUUGGAGACUUUAAUGAGAUAAUGCAUGAGAGGGAGAAGGAAGGUGGGAAUAUUCGUCCAGAGUGGCAAAUGAAGAAUUUCCGUGAAGCGGUCAACCAAUGCAACCUGAGAGAUAUAGGUUACAUUGGGCCAAAUUUCACCUGGUGCAGGAGACUGGGGGCUCGUGGAUGGAUUAAAGAGAGACUUGACAGAGCUCUGGCGUCCACAAACUGGUCUGUUAUGUUCCCAAAUGUGGGUCUACAUCAUGUAGCAGCUUCUACAUCGGAUCAUUGUAUGCUAGUUUUGAAGGCCCACCGUGAUAGACAGCGGAGAAACCGACGAAAGAAGCUAUUUAGGUUUGAGUCAAUGUGGCUGAGAGAUGAAGGGUUUAAGGAGAUAGUGACUGAGGCAUGGGACAGGGCACUGAAUAUGAGGGGCCAGCACCCGUUUUCUCAAUGCUUGGAGGAGUGCAGGCAGUCUCUGACGAUGUGGAAUAGGAAUACUUUUGGCCAUGUAGGCAAGAAAAUAGCAAAACUCCAGGAAAAACUCCAAGGUUUGGAGGGCAGGAAAAGCAGUAUUAAUGUUAUGGAGGAGAUUCAGGAAACAAAGAUAAAGCUGAAUAGGAUGCUCUUGGUAGAAGAGGACAUGUGGCAGCAAAGAUCAAGGAACAGUUGGCUGAAUUCGGGUGACCGUAACACAUCAUUUUUUCACACCAAGGCAUCUAACAAACACCAACGGAACACCAUUUCUAGGAUCAAGGAUUCAAAUAAUGUCUGGCAGGAGGAUGAGGAAAUUAUGGGCAGAAUCUUUGUGGAGUAUUUUACAUAG